CUGCUCGGCGGUACAAACGCUCACGCCCGCUCCUGCACUCCGCAAGUGUCGGUCGGCUGUGGACCAGUUGGGGAGCUGCAGGACGGGACCGCAGCACCGGGACAAAACAAAACGUCCACUCAGGAUGGACUGCAGCGGGAACGAGAGGUCAGUUAGCCGGGAUGGGAGGGCAUGGUAACAACAUGAAGGCAACAUCACUGGCCAGAAAGGAUUUUCUUUCCCAUGAAUCGUAGCAUUUUUGCCCCAUGCGUCACCCUGCUUCAUCUGGGCUGAUGUGGCUGAAUAAUCAGCUGUUCCAAGACGUUUCCUUAGACACUUUCUCUGUGCUUGGUAACAGGCAAGCAAACAGGAAGUGGGCAUCAUGGACUGACUGAGAGGGUCAGAUGAGUCACAUGUGAGCGAUUGAUGAUGUAACCAUGCAAUGAUGUCUUCGGGCAGACCAUGGAGCUAAUUGGAUGAACAGAAAGACAGGACAAGACAAUAUUAUUUUUUCCAUUUUUGAAAGCUUUUGACCCUCACACAUUCACUGCCAAUGACAAAACAAGUUAUUAUCUCAGGCAGUGGAGGAGCAAUGACCUAAUUCAGAUUAAAUGACCUCAUACUGAUAAGCAGCCGGCCCCCUCACUGGGUGAUGGAACACAAUCACAAAUUGGCUCUUAUCAUCGUGGUUGGAGUAUGUGAGGUUACAUGAUAUUUCUGUGUGUGUGUGGAUGGCUUUUUAACUCGGUGAGUUUUAAUGCUACAUGCAGUGAUGUUGCGGCGUGGACUACUAGCCUGGGUCUCCCGUGGUGGAGGCGUGCUGGUGCUCCUCUGCUGCUCCCUGUCUCUCCUCUAUGUGAUGACCUGUGGUCCGCCACGCUCUGACAACCAUCCACUGAGUCACGCUCUUCCCCGUGCUGGACCCAUCCGCCCCAGCCUGGGGGGUACGGGGCCAGGCAUUGGAGCAGGAGCAGCUGGGACUGGAGGAGCCCGAGCCGGUGCUGCUCAAAGCGGUGGACCCCCUGGUGUUCAGUCUUACCAGGUGCUCCUCCAAGAGCGUGAGGAGCAACACCGCCUCCACAUCUCCUCCCUGAAGAAGCAGAUAGCUCAGCUCAAGGAGGCUUUGCAGGAGCGCAGCCAGCAGCUGAAAGGAGUGCAGGAGAGCCUGAAGAGAGCUGCCGGGUUCCCAGCAGAGGCACAGGAAGCUGGGGCUGGUUUGCAGGCUGGUGGUCUUGGGGAGGCUCAAGGACCCAAGGGCCAGCAGUCGGACCUGCAGGACUUCUUACGAAGCCAGCUGUCAAAGGCUGAGGUGACUGCUGGCACCAGGUUGUCCAGCGAGUAUGCUGUGGUGCCUUUUGAGAGUUUCACCCUGCAGAGGGUGUACCAGUUGGAGAUGGGGCUGACGCGUCACCCUGAGGAGAAGCCCGUGAGGAGGGACAAGAGAGAGGAGCUGGGGGAGGUGCUGGAGACAGCCCUGCACAGCCUCAACACACCAUCAUCCCAACAAGACAGCAGGAGGGCACUGGAAAAGACUCAGACGAGCAAAGUGUACUCACUGACUGACUUUGUAGAAGGUAUCACCCGGACAGAGAAGGACAAGGGGACGCUGUACGAGCUGACCUUCAGAGGCGAGUCGAGUAAGGAAUUCAGGCGUCUGGUCCUCUUUCGUCCUUUUGGACCACUGAUGAAGGUGAAAAACGAGAGGGUGGACACAGCCAACGUCCCAAUCAACAUCAUCGUCCCGCUGUCCAAACGCACAGACAAAUUCAAGCAGUUCAUGCACAACUUCAGGGAAGUGUGCGUGCGUCAGGACGGCCGCGUCCAUCUGACGGUGGUGUAUUUCGGGAAGGAGCAGAUGAGCGAAGUCCGCAGCACUCUGGAGAACACGUCCAGGGAGGUUAAUUUUAAGAACUACACUCUGCUGCAGCUGGACGAGGAGUUUUCUCGUGGACGGGGUUUAGACAUCGGGGCCCGAGCCUGGAAGGGAGGCAACGUGCUGCUUUUCUUCUGCGACGUGGACAUCUACUUCACUGCUGACUUCCUGAACACCUGCAGACUCAACACGCAGCCCGGUAAAAAGGUGUUUUACCCAGUGCUGUUCAGCCAGUACAACCCCACUCUGAUCUACGGAAGUCCUGAACACAUCCCACCUGUGGAGCAACAGCUGGUGAUUAAGAAGGACACGGGCUUCUGGAGGGAUUUUGGUUUCGGCAUGACCUGCCAGUACAGGACCGACUUCAUAAACAUCGGAGGUUUUGACAUCGACAUCAAAGGCUGGGGGGGCGAAGAUGUCCACCUGUACAGAAAGUAUCUCCAUAGCAACCUCCUCGUGGUCCGAGCACCGGCGCGAGGCUUGUUCCACCUGUGGCACGAGAAACACUGCGCCGAUGAGCUCCGUCCAGACCAGUACCGCAUGUGCAUGCAGUCCAAGGCCAUGAACGAGGCGUCGCACGGCCAGCUGGGGAUGCUGUUCUUCAGGCAGGAGAUCGAAGCUCACCUCCGCAAACAGAAACUGCAGCAAAACGCCAACCCCAAGAAGACAUGAACGCUAAGAACUGAUUGAAUGAUAAGCACCACCGCGACUGCAGUCUGUUGAAAUAGUGCAGGUGGAUCCAGCUGAUCCGAACCACGUCAGAUUUUAAAAGGAAUAGUUUGACAUUUUGGAAAGUUUGCUCAUUUGCUUUCUAGAAAAGGAGCUUGAGCUUAGCUUAGCUUAGCAUAAAGAGUGGUGCGAGAAAGCAAAUAGGCAUGAUAUUUUCCAAAAUGUUGAAUUAUUCCUUUAAUGAGGAAGAAAAAAUGUGAAGACUUUUUUUGUUUUUUUACGUUUCAAGGACUCAGAGUGCAGUGUUGAUCUGGAAGGGACAACAUAAGGUACGAUGAAUUAAAACAGAUUGAUCCGCCUGAGGAAUUCAUCUACAAUGUUGAAACGGACUUUUGUUGGACAUUCAACAGAUCUCAUGCCAGAAACACCCGACAUCUGUGUUUAAAAGUCUGAUUAAUUUCCUCUGUAACUCCAGCAAGGCCUCUCAGAAAGAUCUAGUAGCCAAAUUCGGGCUGUGAAAUCUCUCUGAACCGCGUGCCUUCCGAUUAAAACCCAAACGCCGUCUCCUCAGGAUGGUCAGUGAAGAUAGGACCGACCUACGUGUUUUUAUAUGUAGGGAAACAGCGCCCCCUAGUGGAAGGAAAAGGAACAAAUGAAAAAUGUGUUGACGACUCGGCAAUGAAGGACUCGUUUGAAGCCUGCAAAACUUUUUUGUUUUGUUUUGUUUUUUUUUAAAUGUAAAUUAUUGAUCAGUAAUCCCCAUUCCUUUAUUUAUGUUUGUUAUUAUUUUGUAAAUGCCACCACUUAUAAGGAUUUCUAAUGUUCAACUGAGAGCGAAAUGAAAACAUGCUAUGAUUGACAGUAUUGGUAAUUAUCUGUCAGGAAAAUUAUGUUGUUGUUUUUCAAAAACCUUCGCUGUAUGAGACCUUGUUUUUAAUAUGUUUAAUCCACAUGAUAAAACACACAGUAGACGUUUUAUAACAUAUAACUCAUUUGUGGACACAUAAUGGAGGAAAGGAAAACAAUUCAACAAGGUCAUUAUCGCUCACUGUCCUGACACUGACGACGACUUUACUUAAGUCAGAAUGAAACUAUUCAUUUUCAUAUUUUUGUUUCUGUCGCUCACAUGUUAUCACAUUUCAUAGAUACUCACGCACCCGGAGUGCAUUAAAUGAAGAGAUAUUGUCACAUUACUCGUACUACCACGCAGCCACAGAAGGUGGUCAUGUUACAGGUUUAGUGAUAAAACUGCUCUGAUGAUUGCUUUACAUUUGUGUUAAUAUAGUUGGCCAUAAAUCCUUUUCAAGCACUUCUUCAGUCAGUUAAAACGAGCUGUACUUUUGGUUGGAUGACCAAAGAUGUGAAAAGAGGCACUUUUCGAAACAACUUUUUAUCAUUUGCAACUGAAGCGUUUCUUGUAACGAUACAUUGAAUGACUUUCUUUACAUUUCAACUUGUCUUUUCCCCUCAUGCAGAUUGGAGUUGAAUAAAACAUACUUGUGCAUUGUGUACA